AUCAAUGUAAUUGCUUCCUGUGGCACCGUAGAGAGAGUCAUGACGGCAAGAGGGACUGCUAGCCGCUUCCUGCAGAGUGUCCUGCAGAAUGGAGUGGGCAGGUAUAUCUGCCAGCUGAAGAGAGUCACUCUGGUCUUCAGUAAAGAUGCCCCGAGCAGCAGAGGGGUCAGAGAGUUUGUUGAAGAAGGUGUGGUGGAUUUUGCAAAGAAGAAUCCUGGUGUGGUGGUUUAUGUCACCGUGAAACGGUGUAACGUUCCAAAGCUGGUUGGGGAAUAUCUGAACGGAGCCGUGAGGGAAGAGGCCCUGAACAGGAAGACGGCUGAGGAAGUCGGCCAACUCCUUCAGAAAAUGCACAGCCAGUCGGGUCUGGACAUCAUUCGUAUUCGCAAGCCAUACCACACAGACAACCCAAGUAUCCAGAGCCAGUGGACCCCGUUCACCAACAAACCCAGUGCCCUGAAUGUGCAAAACCUCGAAAAGGUUAAAGGGAGGCCACAGGGCAAACUCUGAAGGAAAGUAAAGGCCUUAAACCAGACCGAGGUGAAUGGACUGAGCAAAAUAAACUGAUUGUUCUUAUUUAAAUAAAAGCGAAAUCCCCAGCGCAUGGAGCGCUCAAGAAAUGAUUUGCAAACAGCUUCUAAUAACUUGAGGCAGGAGGAGUGUUUGUGCCUUGAGCUGUGGGCAUGGAAAUCAGAUACGAUCUAAAUUAAAGCAAAGAGCUGCAGAUUCUGGAAAUCCGAAACUAAAGCAGAAAGUUGCUGGAGAAACUCAGCAGGUCUGGCAGCUUCUGUGGAGAGAGAGAAAUAGUUAAUGUUUUUGAGUCCAGUGACCCUUUUUUUAGAGAGCUUUCUUAAAAAAAAGGCUCACAAGGUGUGAAGCACUAACUCUGCUUUCUCUCCACAGCUGCUACAAAAUAAAUUAAUUUUCUCUGAGCCUUGCGGUCACCUAGAACUGACUGUAUCUAUCUGCCAGCUGCACAGAGGCAGGGAGAGCUAGGGUCAGAAUCCAUGUGGCUGAACUAGAAACAGGUCAGGCAAUGGCCACGUUGUCCUAGCCACUACUCAGCUUGUUCCGUGCUGCAGGGUAUGACUGGUUCUGUGAUGCUGCACGCAGUCGAAUAGCUCUCCAUGUGAUUAGGGCUCACGUUGUCAGAAGCGGCUAUUUGGCUGAGAUAUCCAAUAUCACGGUGGAUACAAUUGGGAACGGCCAUUCUCUGCAACCUAAAGGAGGCAGUGGGUGCAGCGGUAAUAUCGCUGGGCCAGGCGAAUGUACCUGGGGACGUGGGUUCGAACCCGAUCACGGCAUGUGAAAUUUAAAUUCAAUAAAAAUGUGGAACGCA